AUGGGUACCGGAAAAAAGGAGAAACAAAGACGUAUCCGUCAAAAUGACACCAAGGACGGGAACUUGAGGGUGAAAGGUGAGAAUUUCUACCGUGAUGGCAAGAAAGUGAAGUUCCUGAACAUGUACACCGAUGGGAAAUCGAUCCGUAACAAAAAGGGCGAUUUGAUUCGUGCUGCACCUCUUCAAGGCACAGAUAUUCCAACGGCCAGGGUACAACCUGAUCGUCGUUGGUUUGGAAACACACGCGUAAUUUCACAGGAUGCACUUUCGCAUUUCCGUGAGGCUCUUGGUGACACGGAGAAAAACAAUUAUCAGGUACUGCUACGUCGUAAUAAGCUUCCAAUGUCACUGUUGGACGAAAAAGAUACGCAAGAAUCUCCGCAGGCGAAGAUCUUGGAAACCGAAAGUUUCGAGCAGACUUUCGGUCCCAAGGCGCAGAGGAAAAAGCCCAGAAUGGCUGCUUCAAGUCUAGAAGACCUGGCGGAUACAGCGGCCGAAAACGUUAAACAGUACGAGGAAAAGGCCGAAUUGGACUCAACUUUGGGACUCAUGGGUCAAAAUAAUGAAAAUGAGGACGGGUGGUCUCAGACCGCUAAGGAAGCCAUUUUCAGCAAGGGGCAAUCCAAGCGUAUCUGGAACGAGUUGUAUAAGGUCAUUGACUCCUCGGACGUGGUGAUUCACGUCUUGGACGCCAGAGACCCUAUGGGAACCAGAUGUAAGUCUGUGGAAGAAUAUAUGCGGAAAGACACACCUCACAAGCAUCUCAUAUAUGUGCUGAAUAAAUGUGAUUUGGUGCCUACGUGGGUUGCAGCUGCAUGGGUAAAGCAUUUGUCAAAAGAUAGACCAACUUUAGCAUUCCACGCUUCCAUUACCAAUUCUUUUGGUAAAGGAUCUUUGAUCCAGCUGUUGCGUCAGUUCUCGCAACUUCACAAGGACAGAAAACAGAUUUCCAUAGGGUUCAUUGGAUACCCUAACACUGGUAAGUCGUCCAUUAUCAACACCUUAAGGAAGAAGAAGGUCUGCCAAGUUGCACCAAUUCCAGGUGAAACUAAGGUAUGGCAAUACAUUACACUCAUGAAAAAGAUCUUCCUAAUCGACUGUCCCGGUAUCGUACCGCCCUCGGCAAAGGACACCGAAGAGGACAUUCUGUUCAGAGGUGUUGUAAGAGUGGAGCACGUAACGCAUCCAGAACAGUACAUUCCAGGAGUGCUGCGAAGAUGCCAGAGGAAGCACUUGGAAAGAACGUACGAAAUAUCUGGUUGGAAGGAUUCCACAGAGUUUAUUGAGCUGUUGGCUAGAAAGAUGGGUAGACUCUUGAAAGGUGGUGAGCCUGACGAAUCGGGUGUUUCAAAGCAAGUGCUCAAUGACUUCAACAGAGGUAAGAUUCCAUGGUUUGUGGCACCUCCCGAGAAGGACAACAAAGAUGAGGUGGUCGAGUCAUCUUCCAAGGCUGUGCAAAACAAGAAAAGAACUGCUGAUGAGGCAGAGACAGGAGCUGAAGCUGAAUCUGAAGCUAAAGCCGAGUCGCCAGAAUCUCAGGAAGCCAAGAAAGCCAAGAUCUAA